AUGGAGUCUCGUACCAGCUGCUUCCGCUCCAAAGCCCAUGCCACCAGCGCCCUUGCGUGCUCGCAAUGCCGGUGGCGCAAAGUGCGCUGUGAUCGACGGCCGGGCACAUGCUCCAACUGUAAGCGGCUCGGACUGCCGUGCAACCCGCCCGUCUACGCGACAGCGGACGACUUUGCUGCCGCCACGGCAGUGGCAGACUCUGGCGGCGGGCCGAUUCCACAGUCGACAGACAGCGACAACUUGCUGCCCUUGAUACUGAGCAAGCCGCGACGACUGAGGGCCAGUCGGGCCUGCGUCGCCUGUCGUCAGAAGAAGACGAAAUGCUCCGCAACUCUUCCAGCCUGCUCUGGCUGCCGGCGGAAGGGGCAAGCGUGCGUUUACCCGAAGUCCAGAAGGGCGACUAAUGAUCAAGCCGGAGAAGGAGGCGAAGAUAAUGCUGCAGACCCGGUCGAUGACCUCGGCAACACUCCGAACCAGGACAUGGGUUCAAGUUCCACCAUCCAAGUCGGCGAAGAAUCACCAGCAGUGGACAGAUCAGAAGUAGAAACCUUGAUCUCUGUAUCCGGUCAUCGCCCCUCCGACACAACGCCACUUGAAUUGUCGAGCAGCAUAGCUGCUUCGCAGACGGGUUCUCAGGAAGCUCGAGACAGCGUCUGGAGUCACUCAGAUCUCCUGAAUGACUUGCGCGCACCACUUGUUGACGCGUUCUUCGAGCUGAUAUAUCCUUUGCCAUCCUACACUUUCCUCCAUCCGCAAAUCACCAAGAGACGAGGCAAGAGUGGCAUGUCGCAUCGCGCUUUAACAUCCGCCAUCUGUGCCGUCGCUGCUUUGUAUCUGGGAAGUAUCAAUGGUGUCCGUGUUCGCCGUCAGACAACUUCGUCGUGGAUUCAAACAGCUGAGCAGAGUCUCUGGAUGAACCUAGAGUCACCAACCAUCCCACGACUCCAGGCUCUAUUGCUCGUCAUUCAAUACCACAUGGAAACAAGUCGCUUCCAGCGCGCAUUCAUGCUGACCGCCACGGCAUCCCGCUUUGCAGCAGCCAUGAGGUUGAACCACGAGCGCACUGACCUCGACUUCAUUGGGCGUGAAGUUCGCCGCCGCAUUCUAUGGUCUUUGAAAAUUGUCGAGCGCUACUUCUCGGUGGGCCUCGCCGAGUUCGAUCCUUUGCCGAUAGAGGUCAUCUACAUUGACUACCCGUGCAGCGAGGAAGACUUUACGGCCCUACGGCACAUUCGUGACGAGAAGACCCAAGAAGCCGAAGCCCGUGAGCAGGAGGAAUCCAAAGCAAGAGGCAACCAGCCAGUCGAGGGUGGGGCGUACGGCUUGAUAAUGCGCCUCGAAGUCGUCCGUCGUGACAUUAUGAAACUGGCCCGAAGUGUCGCUCCCCUUGAUGAGCCGCUCCCUUCGUUGGUUGAGUUGCUGCAGCAUCACCAACACACUCUCGACAGCAUCGGGGCUCCUGCUCCGCUCCCUGGAGACGAUGCGGGACUAGACCCUGCUGCGGAUCGCUGGCUACCCCGGCAUAUCCUUGCCCAUGUCUCCUGGCAUCAAGCACACUGUGAUCUCUACAGGACUCUGCUCCCAGGCUACCCAGAAGCCGCGCCUGGCAUUGUGAUCCAAGCCACCGACCCUGGCGCAAUCGCCGAUGCCGAGAAGCAAUGUGUCCAUCAUGCCACUCGCGUCAUUAACAUCAUCACAAGACUCAACCAAGAGUGCAUGCGCCGGCCGCUACUCGAGUUCGACACUGCAAUCUGCGUAUAUCAUGCCACAAGGCUAAUACUCUUCAUCUCGAGGUUCGGCACCUCUCCGGCCAGGCCAAGCGGCGAGUUUGCGGCCUCGAGGGCUGAACUGUGCCUGGCAGCGUUGAAGCGCUUCUUUCCCACUUCGCCGUUGGCCGCACCAAUCAUACAAGAGUUGGAAACGUCGCUCAGGGUGUUCUCGUCUCAGGAGCGCCAGUCGCAGAUGCUGCAAGCGCAGUCUCCAGCGCAAGUAACGCAGGUGCUCACGUAUGGGACAUCAACGUCUCCGGAGACGGCAUCGCCUUUUACUCCAGAGCAGAUGGAUCAUCAAGACUCGCACACAGCACGGUUGUCUGCUGCUGCCCGCGCGCGCCAGCGACUGGCUAUCCAUAGUCUCCUCCGCCAAGCCGACUUUUCAGAUCAGGGCGGCGAAGACGAUAGUGAUGAGACGCAAGAGCCGCCCGAGGAGCCCGCUCUAGGCGCGGCUCAGGCGCGUGGAGAGACAGACUCUUCUGCGUUGGGCGAUGCGUCAUCAUCCCAUAAGAUAGGCCCCGAUGUCGCGACGAAAGGGCCUACUACGACCGAACAAAGUCAACAACAGAGUAAUCACGAUAAUAGCUCCCCUGCUGCCAACUUGGGGUAUGCGCUUAGUGAAUGGGAGAGCCCAGCAUCGACAAGCUUCCAUCCAGAGACAGCCUUCAAAGCUGCGAUGACGCCAGGUGUCGGAGAGGCACAGCCUGCUCUGUUCUCCUUUUGUGGGCCUCAUGACUGGGAGUGGUUGUUUGACCCGGAGCAACAACCAACACACCCGUGA